AUGCAAGGCCGGCUGAAGCUGUGUGCUUCACUACUAGGAUUCCUGUUAGCUCCAGUACUUAAGGGAGAUCCCAGCAGAAAUCCAGGGCCUGGAGCCCUUGAGGUGUACUCCAACGGAGCCUGUAGUACAGAGGUUCCGCUAUGCUCGAGAAUUGGUGUGAAGAAGCUGGUGGAGGGAGGAAAUGCAAUGGAUGCUGCAAUUGCAUCUGCGAUCUGCGUCGGCAUAAUAAACUCCUUUUCAUCUGGAAUUGGAGGUGGGGGAUUCAUGCUGAUAAAGGGCCCCGGGACAAGCAAUGCAUUCGAUAUGAUAGACUUCAGAGAGGUUGCUCCGAAAAACCUCUCGGCAGACAAACUCAGCGAGGCUGGAGGGACGGGUGCACUAAGCAUUGGAGUUCCGGGAGAGAUAUACGGGCUAUAUGAGGCACACAAAAAGUACGGAAGACUUCCAUGGAGAGACCUAUUCCCUGAGAACAUAGAAGUUUCCAGAGGAUUUCCUGCUAGCAACCAGCUUGUAAAGAGAAUCAACAAGCUCAAGGACUACAUAAUAAGCGAUCCGGGGCUGAGAGAGAUAUACACAAGAAACGGCGAGCUCCUCAGAGAAGGCGAGACGGUUGUGCGCGAAAACUAUGCCAGGACACUGGAGAUCAUAAUGGACCAUCCAGAGAGCUUUUAUAUGGGGCACCUUGCAGACCUGGUUGUCAAGGCGGUUAGAGAAAGGGGAGGAAUUCUGGAUAAGAAAGACCUCGAGGAGUACAGGGCGGUCUACAGAGACGUGUUAGAAGGAAGGUAUCGGGAUUACAAGGUCUACACCACAGGCCUUCCGACAAGCGGAUUGCUAGUGCUGAAGGCCUUGAAUAUAUUUGAAAAGUAUGAUCUGAGGAAACUGAAGGCAGAUAGCCUGAAAAGCGGAGGCUUCAACCACAUUCACCUGCUCAUUGAGGUCUUCAAGUUCGCCAUGGCCGGGAGGGGAGAGCUGGCAGACCCGGCAUUUCUUCCUGGGUGGGAAGAGAUAGUUUAUGAGACAGUUUCAAAGGACGCCGCAGAGGAAGCCUACCACAAAAUAAACCUGGGAAGGGUUUUGGAUACAAAAGAGUAUGGAAUGAAAAGAAAAGGGGUGGAGGACCAUGGAACAACACACAUUAAUGCCAUAGAUAAAGACGACAUGGUUGUGCUUCUUACAAGCACAGUGAAUCUUGAAUUUGGAGCAAAAUUCAUGGAUCCCAGGACAGGAAUAAUAUUCAACAACACGAUGAGCGACUUCUACAUUCCAUAUCCAAACAGUGCGCAGGAAAAGCAUGCAAAUGCCGUAGAGGGAGGCAAAAGACCGUUUUCGUCGAUAGCUCCAGUUGUGCUCCUCAAGGAAGAUGAGCUCCUUGCCUUGGGCGCGGCCGGCGGGAUAAGAAUCCCUACGUCCAUUAUGUCCACAAUAUUCCACUUGUCGGCUGGGGAGAACCUCUGGGAGGCGAUAACAGAGACAAGAAUCCACAACCAAUUGUUUCCAGACAUAACAUUUGUGGAGUACAACAUACCGAAAGAUCUUGAAAAGUACCUCACCAGCACGGGGCACAGGGUAGAGAGAUCACUCCAAAACACUGUUUUCACCUCCGUCCAGGGGAUUCUCUCCAGGAAGGUUGGCGGAAAUAAGGUUAUUCAUGCUGUGUCGGAUCCUAGGAAGGGAGGCGAAGCUUUUGGAUAUUAA